AAACUUGGUCUGGCAUCAACUCCUCCUCCUGCUGCUCUCGCCGCAGCCGCCCUCCUCUCUGUUCCUAUCAGUUGUUGCGCGGCACACAGGGCAAGGCGCCAGCUGAACCUGCUCUUGGAAGGAAGCCCCCACCCCCGAGGAGUUUAAAAGCAAAUAAAUAAAGAAGUUGGUGCGAGGAGUGAGAGGCAGGAAUACAGUAAAUCCCAUCAAGUGUCUUCUGACCUACAUGCACUGAAGAUUUCUGGGCUACAUUGUUGUGCUUCAUUUGCUGCGCCAUAGAGAAAACGCGUAGUUGAUUCCUGAGGAGGAAACCGAACGUUCCAAAUGGUGACAGUUUUAUAUCCCAACCCAACUUAUCAGAAGCAUGUGCUUAAGAAGCAGCAGAAGAGUUGCUGAGGCUGAUUCUGGAAGCCAUUUCUAUUCGCAGCUGUGGCAGAUAUAUGUUUAUUGGAGGAACUGAUCUGUCAGAUAAUAGACAUUUGGAAACUCACUUCCCAGGGAUCUUUAACACAUUCAUUUAAUUUGAGAAUGUCUAUAUUUUUACAAAAUCCAUGUUGCUGAACACAAAAGGCAUUGCUCCCGCCAAAUGAACUUUUGCUGCUAUAGUUACCCAUCUACUUCCAUUUAACAAGGACGCUUAACAUGGCUCUCAUUCUAUAUGGAAUUUUGAGUUUAUUUCUCAGAAGGGCAACAGCAUUUGGUCCAGUGCCCCGGAUCACCUGGGAACACAAAGAAGUUCAUCUAAUACAUUUUCAAGAACCAGAGACAUUUAAUUACUCAACCUUGUUACUAAAUGAAGACGAAGAUGUUUUGUACGUUGGAGCUAGAGAAGUGAUCUUUGCGCUAAAUGCAUCGAACAUUACUGAAAAAAAGCAAGAGGUGUUUUGGAAGGUCACAGAAGAGAAGAAAACUAGAUGUGCAGAAAAGGGCAAAUCCAAACAGACAGAGUGCCUUAACUAUGUUCGUGUCUUACAACAGCUGAAUGAUACUUUACUUUAUGUGUGUGGAACUAAUGCAUUUCAGCCGGUCUGUGAUCAUCUGAAUCUGACAGCGUUUGAACUUGUGGGCAAAAAUGAUGAUGGUAAAGGAAGAUGUCCAUUUGAUCCUGCACAAAGUUAUACAUCAGUUAUGGUUGAUGGGGAACUUUACUCUGGAACGUCUUACAAUUUCUUGGGAAGUGAACCAAUUAUUUCUAGGAACUCGCUGCAAAAUCCAUUACGGACAGAAUAUGCUAUUCCUUGGCUUAAUGAACCAAAUUUCAUUUUUGCUGAUGUAAUAAGAGCUGAUCCAGAUGGUGGCAAUGAAGAUGAUGACAAAGUGUACUUCUUUUUCACUGAAGUGUCCGUGGAAUAUGAAUUUCUCGGAAAGCUGAUGAUUCCAAGGAUAGCUAGAGUUUGUAAGGGGGACCAAGGAGGACAUAGGACUUUACAAAAAAAGUGGACUUCCUAUCUCAAGGCCAGGUUGCUUUGCUCUGUCCCAGAUAAAAAUUUAUUUUUCAAUAUCGUCAAUGAUGUCUUUAUCCUGAAGACGCCGAGCUCAAAGGACACAGUGAUAUAUGGGGUUUUUACUCCACAAUUGAACAAUGUAGGGCUAUCAGCAGUGUGUGCCUACAACAUCUCUACAGUGGAGGACGUUUUCACCAAAGGGAAGUACAUGCAGAGCACUACAGUUGAGCAAUCCCACACAAAAUGGUUGCGAUACAAUGGAGAGAUUCCUAAUCCUCGGCCUGGAGCAUGUAUAAACAAGGAGGCUAAAGCAGAAAAUGUCAAGACUACACUCAACUUACCCGAUAAAACGUUACAAUUUGUCAAAGACCAUCCUCUGAUGGAUGACUCUGUGACCCCAAUAGGAGACAGACCCAGACUGGUAAAGCGUGAUGUGAAGUAUACACAGAUUGUGGUAGACCAAGUCCGAGUGCUGAAUGGUACUUUGUAUGAUGUCAUGUUCAUCAGCACAGAUCGAGGAGCGCUUCACAAGGCUAUCAGCUAUGAUAAUGGGAUGCAUAUUAUUGAAGAAACUCAGCUUUUCCCAAAUUUUGAACCCAUUCAGACUCUGUUGCUUUCUUCCAAAAAGGGCAAGCAGUACCUCUACGCAGGGUCCAAUGCUGGAGUAGUUCAGUGUUCGGUUGCGUUUUGUGACAAGUACAGCACCUGUGUGGACUGUGUCCUGGCAAGAGAUCCAUACUGUGCUUGGAAUCCCCAUAAAUCUUUUUGUGUUAACUUCCAAGAGACUGAGACUGAAAGGGACUGGAUUCAGAAUAUCGGUGGAGAUGCCUCUUCUUGCACUGAUAAAGUAAGAGAGCAUUCUCAGCAGCACACUUUCAAGCACGGGAGCACUGCAGAGCUAAAAUGUUCUCAGAAGUCCAACCUGGCCCAGGUGGUUUGGAAAUUCAAGGACGAUGUGCUAAAGGUGGAAAGCCCCAAGUACCGUCUUCUGGAGAAAACGCUGCUCAUCUUCAAUUUGUCUGAGGGCGACAGUGGCAUUUAUCAAUGCCUGUCAGAAGAAAAAGUGAAGAAUCAGAAGUUCUCACAGGUGUUAGCUAAACAUGUUUUGGAACUGAAAAAAAUCCAACACACCACUCCAAGCCCAAGCCAGCCAGCCAAAGAAGGUAAUGGAGAAGUACCCAAAAUGCCAACGGUAGCUACCCAGGGGUCAGCUGCUGACAUUUCGACAACUCCAAUUGUACCAGUCAUAACCUCCAGGAUAAUAACAAAUCCCCUUGUCCCCAUCCUAAUGAGCACUGUUUCUGACGUUGAACGCUCAAAGUCGCUUCCUGAGGUCCCUGAAAAGACAAUGUUUCUAAAGUCAAAUGAUAAUUGCCUUUUGAUGUUUCUCUUUCUGUUCUUUUUUGUGCUCUUUCUGUGUUUGUUUGCCUACAACUGUUACAAAGGAUUUUUGCCAGACCAAUGUUUAAAGUUCCGCUCUGCUAUGUUACUUGGGAAGAAGAAACCCAAGGCAGAUUUUUCUGAUUGCGAGCAAAGCGUGAAGGAGACACUGGUGGAGCCAGGCAGUCUCCUGACCCAAAGUGGAGAACAUCCAAAGCCAGCACAUGACACGGGCUAUGAGACUGAGGCUGACUAUGGAAACGGUCAUGUUCAACAUGAUGAGGACCAUUCACAGUCUUAUAAAGAAGUCAAGGACAAACCUUUUGACGUUAAGUGUGAACUGAAAUUUGCUGACUCGGAUGCUGAGGGCGAUUAAAGUGGAUAAGCCCACAACUUCCAUAAUGAAAGUAUUGUCAUUCUGAGUUGUUUAUUUUUGAACACAAGAAUUUUAGUUGUGAUAACUUGGCCACAGAAAGGGCUAUGUGUUCUCAAUUUUAUUAGUGACACAUUGUCAUUUCACAGCAGGAUAGAGCAGAGAACAACCUUGCAUUUCUUUCUAAAAACCAUUCUGUUACACAUUUAUGUUUAUGUGUUUGUUUUAUGUUUAUUUUAAAUGGCCAGUUAUGGUUUCACAUCGUGAAUUUCUAAGCUCUUUUUUCCCCAAGAAUGAUUUAACACUUGCACGUACUGACUACUUUAAUUAAUUCCUCUUUUUUGUAGAAGGUAAAAUUAACUCCUGUUGCAGAGCCAUGCCAAAAAAAGGAUUGAAGUAGCUCCAGCCUGCACCUAUUUAACUGCCAUUAAAAAUCUAAUUUCAGUUUAAUUCCAAAUUGGAAAUGAUGUUUAGUUUAUCAGAUUGGUAAAUUAUAGCCUUUUUGUCCAGAUUGGGACAUUUCUUUGCAUCUAGUGAUUUUUAAUGCUUAUUGUAAUGCAUUAGUUAUAUUUUGCCUGAUAGCUUUAGCUGGUGAAAGAAAUGUUGGAUUUUUCCAAAAUUGUUUGUGUACCUUUUUAGAAUAUGAUGUAUAUUGGGACAAAUCUGGCUAGAUUUGCAUAAGGUUCUCAGGGAUAAGCUUUGGUUAAAUGCUUUUUUUCCUCUUUUUUCUUGUUAGAGACGUUGAUAUGGUAAUCAUUUUUAGUGCUUAAUGUUCAUUUCUGGGGUUGUGGGGCACUUAGCUGUAGAAAAGAGAUAUUUUUUAAAAAGUUUGGACACUGCCACAUUAACUGGAUUUUAUGGGUUUAUGUUAAGAUGUUUUAAGAGGAUUGUUGUGGGCAAACAGUAGUCACUGAACCACAUCAAUGUGUAAGGCUUGUGUCUUGUGGAUACAAUGCAAAACUUGGCAAGCAUUUGAUGGACCUCCGAAAAAAGACUGUUGAGGAUGUGAUUCAUUUUUCAACUUUUUACACAGCUGGAAAGCAAUCAGAUCCCCACCCCCAGCAACCUACUUUGCCAAAUAUUUUCACAUACUCUUCACAACAUCAAGCAACAU